AUGGCUUUCCACCACCGUGAUGAGAAGUGGUGGCUCCCGGUGCAUCGUGUGCCUCCCGGUGGCCUUCACAACAAAACAAGGAAGCAGCUCCAACACAAGCGUGAUUGUGCAAACCAAAUCCUGAAGGCUGCCAUGGCCAUCAACAGCAAUACUUUAGCAGAGAUGGAGGUCCCUGAACCUUAUCUUGACUCCCUUCCAAAGAAUGGACGGUCAACCUUAGGUGAUAUCAUAUACCACUACAUAACCUCUGAUCAGUUCUCCCCUGAGUGCCUUCUUGAUUGCCUGGAUUUGUCCACGGAGUACCAGGCCCUGGAAGUCACAAACCGUGUUGAGGCGUCAGUGUAUGUGUGGCGCCGGAGGGUUGCUGCCAAACCAGUAAAUGGAUUGGGCCGAAGCAGCAGUGCUAGAUCAUCGUGGGGCAUGGUAAAGGACAUGAUGGUAGACUCAGAGAAGAGAGAGCUGCUGCUAGCUGAACAAUCAGAGGGCCUGCUAAUAUGCUUGAAGCAAAGGUUUUCUAGAUUGACACAGACAAGCCUGGACAUGAGCAAAAUUCAGUACAACAAGGAUGUGGGCAAAUCAAUCCUCGAGGGCUAUUCGAGGGUGUUAGAAAGUUUGGCUUCAAACAUCGUCACCCGCAUCGACGAUCUGCUGAACAUCGACGAGCUGAACGGACACGCUGAACAUUUCGCAGCAACAGGUCGUUGA